UCCUUUUUAUCGCAGGUCACUGUGCUUGGCUUUUCAAACGGACGAAUCCCAAAAUCCCUUCAAUUAUUUAUUAAUUAAUGAAUGAAAAAGCCAUACGCAUCCCCUUUGCUUCCUUAUCUAGCCAUGUGAUGUGAUCCAUUAAGGUGGAAGGGAAGGAAAAAAAAGGAAAAAAAGAAACAAAAAAAACCCACCACUGCCAUGGUUUCCUCUAUUCCUUCCACACCUCCUUCUCCUUCUCCUUCUCCUUGGUUGGUGUCUCUUACUUGCUCAGCUUCCGCUUCCUCGCCCCAUUCUUUCCUCCAAUGGCUCCGAUUCCUCCUCCUCUCGCCCUGCCCCCAACGCAUCCUCGCCGUCGCCGUCGACGCCGCCUUCCUCUCCGCCCUUCUCGUCCUCGCCCUCCUCCGUCUCCGUCCCCGCUCCGAUCACUGGGCCGCCGUCGAAUGCGCGCUGCUCGCGCUCCACUUCCUCGCCCACCUCGCCGCCGCCGCCGCUCUUAUUAUACACAGGCGAAACCUUACAUCCGCGACGAUCCGGGUCUUCUGGAUCGCCACCUUCGGCGUCGCCGCGCUCUUCGCCGCCGCCGCGGCGCUCCGCUUCUGCAACGCCGCCGCCAUCCUCCCCGACGACGCCGCCUCCCUCGCCUUCCUCGCCGCCGCCGCCCCCCUCCUCUUCUUCGCCGUCUCCGGCGACGCCGAAUCCGCCGCCGGCGCCGGCGACGUGACCCCCUACGCCGCGGCGUCGCUGCUCUCCCGCGCGACCUUCUCGUGGAUGAACCCGCUGAUCUCGAAGGGCCACCGCUCGGCGCUCGGGAUCUCCGACAUCCCGUGGCUGCCCCCGGACGACUCCGCCGGCCGCAUGAACGCCCUCUUCCGGUCCAAUUGGCCGGCGGCGGCGGACGCGCAGCCGGCCCGGCGGCCCGUGCUGACGACGCUCCUCCGCUGCUUCUGGCCGCGCUUGCUGCUGAACGCGGGGCUGGCGGUGGUCCGGCUGCUGGUGAUGUACGUCGGGCCGACGCUGAUCCAGCAGUUCAUCGACUUCACCUCGAGCGACCGGCGGCGAAGCGGGUCGGCGGGCGAGGCGGCGUACCUGGUGGGCACGCUGCUGGCGGCGAAGCUGGUCGAGGUGGCGUGCUCGCACCAGUACAACUUCCACUCGCAGAAGCUGGGGAUGCGGAUCCGGUCGGCGCUGAUCACCGCACUGUACGGCAAGGGGCUGCGGCUCUCGUGCGCGGCGCGGCAGGCGCACGGGGUCGGCAUGAUCGUGAACUACAUGGCCGUGGACGCGCAGAUGAUCGCCGACAUGAUGAACCAGGUGCACUACCUCUGGCUGAUGCCGCUGCAGGUCGGCGUCGCGCUCGCGCUGCUCUACGCGUACCUGGGGCCCUCCGUGACCUCCGCGGUGGUCGGCAUCUUCGCGGUGAUGGCGCUCGUGAUGCUGCUGACGCGCCGCAACAACGUGUACCAGUUCCUGCUGAUGACCAUGCGCGACCGCCGCAUGAAGGCCACCAACGAGAUGCUGGCGAACAUGCGCGUCAUCAAGCUCCAGGCCUGGGAGGAGCAUUUCCUGCGGCGCAUCCAGCUGCUCCGCGACGGCGAGUACGGCUGGAUCGCCAGGUUCAUGUACUCCAUCUCCGGGAACAUGAUCGCGCUCCAGAGCGCGCCGCUGCUCGUGUCGGCGCUCGUGUUCGGGACGUGCGUCGCCGUGGGGGUGCGCCUCGACGCCGGGCUCGUGUUCACGGCCACGUCCUUCUUCAAGAUCCUGCAGGAGCCGGUGCGCAGCUUCCCGCAGGCGCUGAUAUCCGUGUCGCAGGCCAUGAUCUCGCUGGAGCGCCUCGACAAGUUCCUCGGCAGCCGCGAGCUCGACCGGGGCGCGGUGGAGCGGGUCCCCGCCGCCGCCGCCGCCGUCGAGGUGCGCGGCGGCGCGUUCGCGUGGGACGACGAGGCCGCGGCCGACGCCGCGGAGCUGAGAGGCGUCGACAUGGAGAUCCGCCGGGGCGCGCUCGCCGCCGUGGUCGGCACCGUCGGCUCCGGCAAGUCCUCGCUGCUCUCCUGCCUCCUCGGCGAGAUGCACAAGAUCGCCGGAAAGGUUAGAGUAUGCGGGACGACAGCAUAUGUUGCGCAAACGGCGUGGAUCCAAAACGGGACCAUUCAGGAUAACAUCUUGUUUGGACAGCCGAUGGAUCGAGAGAAGUACAAGGAGGUCAUACAGGUCUGUUGCUUGGAGAAGGAUCUGGAGAUGAUGGAGUUCGGGGACCAAACGGAAAUAGGCGAGAGAGGGAUCAAUCUGAGCGGCGGACAGAAACAACGUAUUCAGCUCGCGAGGGCCGUCUAUCAGGAUUGCGAUAUAUACCUCCUCGACGAUGUCUUCAGCGCUGUCGAUGCUCACACCGGUUCAGAGAUCUUCAAGGAAUGCAUACGAGGAGCACUUAAAGAGAAGACUGUCGUGCUCGUGACUCACCAAGUGGAUUUCUUGCACAACGCCGACGUCAUAUUCGUCAUGCGAGACGGGAUGGUUGUGAAGUCCGGAAAAUACAAUGAGUUGCUCGAAUCAAGUACGGAUUUCGCAGCUCUUGUUGCUGCUCAUGACAGUUCCAUGGAGCUUGUAGAGCACAGUGGCUCUGCAGGACAAACUGGUGACCCCCUGUCUGGAGCCAACAUUGAACCAGUUUUGAUCCGCAGCAUAUCUAGUGGGGAAAGCGCGCUGGGGCCCGUGAUCUCGCCGAAGGCUGAGGUGGCUACCUCUAGACUUAUAAAGGAAGAAGAGAGAGAAACCGGCCACGUCAACUGGCACAUAUACAAGCUGUAUCUCACCGAGGCGUGGGGCUGGUGGGGAGUGAUCGUCGUCCUGGUGCUCUCGGUGCUGUGGCAGGGCGCACAGAUGUCGAGCGACUAUUGGUUGGCGUACGAGACGUCGGAUGACGUCCUUAACUCGUUCCGUCCAUCCAUUUUUAUCGAAGUUUAUGUAGCUAUAUUCGUGGUUUCAGUCGUCGUCGUCAUGAUCAGGGCCUUUGUUGUGACACAGCUGGGGCUUCAAACAUCUCAGAUAUUUUUCAGGGGGAUCUUAACCAGCAUCCUGCAUGCUCCGAUGUCGUUUUUCGACACCACUCCUUCUGGAAGAAUCCUAAGCCGGGCAUCAUCGGACCAAACAAAUAUCGAUAUAAUCCUUCCCUUCUUCCUGGGACUGACUGUGUCGAUGUACAUCACGGUGAUAAGCGUCGUCAUAGUUACAUGUCAGGUUGCGUGGCCGUCGGUCAUAACCAUAAUUCCUCUGGUGUGGCUGAACCUCUGGUACAGGGGUUAUUUUAUCGCGACGUCUCGUGAACUGACUCGCCUUGACUCGAUCACAAAAGCACCAGUUAUCCAUCAUUUCUCGGAGACCAUUCUCGGCGUUACCACCAUCAGAUGCUUCAACAAGGAGGAUAGCUUUUUCAAUGAAAACUUAAACCGGGUUAAUUCGAGCUUACGUAUGGACUUUCACAAUAAUGGUGCUAAUGAGUGGCUCGGGUUCCGACUGGAACUCAUCGGAAGCUUCGUUCUUUCUAUCACCGCUUUGCUCCUGGUCAGCUUGCCUCGCAAUUUUAUCGAACCAGAAUUCGUUGGUCUAUCUCUUUCCUACGGUCUGUCUCUCAAUGCCGUGGUGUUUUUUGCGAUAACGGUUAGCUGCGCAAUCGAGAACAGGAUGGUUUCAGUGGAGAGGAUAAAACAAUUCACCAACAUUCCUUCUGAGGCACCAUGGAGGAUCAAAGAUUGCCUCCCCUCGCCAAAUUGGCCCACCAAAGGAGAUAUUGAUAUCAUUGAUCUAAAGGUUCGGUAUCGCCCGAAUACUCCUCUGGUUUUGAACGGAAUUUCAAUAAGCAUUCGAGGAGGAGAGAAGGUAGGAGUUGUUGGUAGAACCGGUAGCGGCAAGUCGACAUUGAUACAGGCUUUGUUCCGACUCGUGGAGCCUUCUGGAGGGAAGAUAAUCAUUGACGAAGUCGACAUAUGCACGUUGGGCCUUCACGAUCUCAGGUCUCGUUUCGGUAUAAUUCCUCAGGAGCCCGUUCUCUUUGAAGGAACAAUUCGGAGCAACAUCGACCCUAUUGAACAAUACUCAGACGACGAGAUAUGGCAGGCCCUCGAGCGUUGCCAGCUAAAAGAGGCAGUAGCUUCGAAACCUGAAAAGCUUGAUGCAUUAGUGGUUGAUAACGGAGAGAAUUGGAGUGUGGGGCAGAGGCAGCUUCUUUGUCUGGGCCGUGUUAUGUUGAAGCGUAGCAAAAUUCUGUUCAUGGAUGAGGCGACUGCUUCAGUCGACUCGCAAACUGAUGCGGUAAUCCAAAGGAUCAUCCGAGAGGACUUCGCAGCUUGCACGAUCAUCAGCAUAGCGCACAGAAUACCAACAGUCAUGGACUGUGACCGAGUCUUGGUUGUAGAUGCAGGACGCGCAAAGGAGUUCGACACACCAUCAAACUUGCUAGAACGGCCUUCGCUCUUUGCCGCGUUGGUUCAAGAGUACGCCAACCGGUCGUCUGAUCUCUAGAGCCACUCAGUAAUGCUGAAUUUUUGGUCGUGUAUUAGUUUCCCUGCUUAACAGAGAAACACAAGGGACUCGGAACCCAUAGCGCGAAUUUAGGGCAUCAUGCGACGAGCUCGGUAACAACAAGGAAUUCGGAAAGUGACUAGCCAAAAGAAGAUCUUGAUCCUUGUGAGAUGAAUCUACAUGGAAUUGGCGGUUUAUUAAUGCACUUUUUCAUGAGUAGACCAUUUUUUUUUUUUUUCUUUUAAACCAAUCCCCUCUACUAUUUCUACUCAUAAUUGAGCAAUAUCUUCAUCGAACUCGAUCAUAUCAGAGUUAUGUUGUAUUGUAAACUGUACUGUGUACCGCUAAAAUUCAGUAAAAACAGUGAGCUGCAGAAGAUUCAGUGCUUUGUAUGCUCAGGAUUUGAACCAA